AUGGCUUCCAGCAAAGCCUCUCGCAUUGGCGAGGAGAUCUGGAAGACUCGAAUUGAUAAAGUCAACGCCGAACUCGUGACCCUUACAUACGGUACAGUGGUCGCGCAACUAUGCAGAGACUUUGAUGGCGACUAUGCGGAAGUAAAUAAGCAACUGGACAAGAUGGGGUACAACAUUGGCCUGCGACUGAUCGAGGACUACCUCGCCAAAUCUAAUACCAUGAAGCGCUGUGCCAACUUCCGCGAGACGGCAGACAUGAUCUCUCGGGUUGGGUUCAAAAUCUUCUUGAACAUUACGCCGCAAGUAACGAAUUGGACGACGGACAAUAAGCAAUUCUCGUUGGUGUUCGACGAAAACCCCUUUGCUGAUUUUGUCGAGCUACCCGAUGAUGGCCGUGCCCAGGACGAGUUAUGCCUGUGCAAGGUAUAUCCGGAACCAAAUCCCAUUAUGAGAGAACACUGCGACUUGACGGGCUCUUACAUGAGCGGAGGUCAAUAUGGCUCGGGCAUUAUAGCAAAUAUACUAGCACCCGCAGUGGCCAGGAUUCCAGCAGCAGAACACCAGUCCGCGUCGUAG